AUGACCCUUGUGGUUAGCGGAAAUAAUUACAGCACUGCUCCACCUUCCUCUAGAUCCGCUAUUCAGGACUCUGCUAGAGGAUCGGAAUCCGCUAAACUAGCGGAGAAAUCAAUCCUAGCACUUCAGGCUGAGAGAGAUUUCUGGAGAAGACACUUUUUACAAGCAGAUUCUAAACUUAAGGAUGUCAUUAGGAGUUAUGAGAAUAAGUCUGCUGAAACUAUUCCUUCUCUUCAAGAAAUCGACCAGAACAAAGGGUUUGCUGAGAAUGGCAAGUACUUGCAAAAUCUUCUAGAAGAAAAUCUAGGACUUAAAGCUAAACUUUCUAACAAUAAACCUGGAGAAGAGAAAGAAAAUGUACCGCUACCACCUAAUAUCACUGACCGGGUCGAGUUGGCCGGUAGCAGCGUGCCAGCACCCCCCCGCCAGAUCCGGUCAAAUCCUGUAAAUACGCAAACUACUGUACAUCCGAGAAAUCCGGGAACCAGCAACAGACAGUUUACUUCUGGACUGGGCCCUGGGGUGUCCUCCAAUAAGGGCCCUAGAAUACCCUCUUCCAGGGGUGCCAGGGUUCAUCUGGACAAAAUCAACCCAAGUGAUAUUCCCUCAGGCAGUAGCUCAGUUUGCCCCCAGCCUUGUGUUCCUCAACCUAGCUCUCAGUCAACUGAAAUUAGACGAGAGUUGCACGGUCUUACUGAAGAAAAUACAUGCUUGUUAAACCAGGUCAGCAGGAAAUUGCGAAUAUCUGCCACAUUAUUUGCCUAA